AUGACCCUGGGCGAGAUUCAAAACAUUGAGAAGGAGAAUGCACCAGUGGAGCCGAAGCACUCGUCAAAGAAGCUGAAACUGGAACAAGACAUCGAGAAGUUGUCGAUUGUCGAGAAGCUCAAGGACACAGAGGAAAAUGAGGAGACGGAGGGAAAUGCUCUCGACGCCAAUGAGCCACUCCUUCAGGAUUUGGACAAUCGAUUCGUCAUCUUCCCUCUGAGACACCACGAAAUCUGGCAAUUCUAUAAGAAGGCGGUCGCCUCGUUCUGGACAGUCGAAGAAGUCGAUCUUGGCAAGGACAUGAACGAUUGGGAGAAGAUGAACGGAGACGAGCAGUACUUCAUCUCCAGAGUUCUCGCCUUCUUCGCCGCCUCCGAUGGAAUUGUCAACGAGAAUCUCUGCGAGCGCUUCUCAAACGAAGUCAAAGUGUCGGAGGCUCGAUUCUUCUACGGAUUCCAAAUCGCCAUCGAGAACAUUCACUCGGAGAUGUACUCGAAGCUCAUCGAGACCUACAUUCGUGACGAGAAGGAGCGCCUCACUCUGUUCAACGCCAUUUUCGAGUUCGAAUUCAUCAAGAAGAAGGCCGACUGGGCUAUGAAGUGGAUCUCGGACAAGAAGGCCUCGUUCGCCGAACGUCUCAUCGCCUUCGCCGCUGUCGAAGGAAUCUUCUUCAGUGGAUCGUUCGCCUCAAUCUUCUGGCUCAAGAAGCGAGGACUCAUGCCAGGAUUGACACACUCCAAUGAGCUCAUCUCAAGAGACGAAGGACUCCAUCGCGACUUCGCUUGCCUUCUCUACUCGAUGCUUCAGAACAAGCUAACACAGGAGCGUAUCUUCGAGAUUAUCAAGGACGCCGUCUGCAUCGAGCAAGAGUUCUUGACAGAGGCACUUCCAGUUGACAUGAUUGGCAUGAACUGUCGUCUGAUGUCUCAAUACAUCGAGUUCGUCGCCGAUCACUUGCUUGCGGAACUCGGAUGCGACAAGCUGUACAAUGUGAAGAAUCCAUUCGACUUCAUGGAGAACAUCUCGAUAGAUGGAAAGACCAACUUCUUCGAGAAGCGUGUCUCCGAGUAUCAGCGUCCAGGAGUGAUGUCGACUGAGACCGAGCGUCAAUUCGAUCUGGAAGCCGACUUCUAG